GCCCAUAGCUGAGGCGCGCGCGCGGUGCACCCAUUUCGAGUGACUCCUAGUCCGGGCGAGGUGGAGCAAGCUGCGGGAGGCCGUGGGCCCCGAUGGCUUCCGGUUUCCCGCGGCGCCCCACUUUGAAGGAAGCUGGGUUCUGGCGCCGGGACUGGAAUGCUGGCCCCGUGCGCUCAUACCGGAGGUCGCUGGGUCUGCGUGUGUGCGUGUCGGGGUCUACGAAGGGCACCUGCGCCUGAAACGUGCCUAGGUCGCGUGCGCACAGCUACUGCGGCGUGUGUGGAUGCGUGACCCCGGGCUGGAGCGCUCGGGCUCGUGGCUCCCCAGCCCUGGCAGGGUUAGCAUGAGCGAAGAAGAUCUGGGUUUUCGGAAGGAUGGUCAAGAUACUGACCCUGGAACAUCCACGGGAAUGACUUUCUUAGAUUCGACACUCUUUCAGCCUAAGGUCUGCCGCUUAGCGGGUGCAACUUUGGGCAGAGGUCAUUCAGCGACCGUUUCUUCAGUUAAAACUUUAGGAAUACGACAGUAGUGAAGUGUAAAUGAGAUUUCUAUUGCAAGGGCUUAGCUAGUCGCCGCGCGUAGUAGGUAGUCAACACAUGGUACACACCCACUUCUCUUCAGAUCAUAAACCUUCAGUAUAAUGAUUUGAAAGUUGAUCCACAUUCCUUUCCACACGAACACGACCUUGCACUAUCUCUCAGGUAAAAAAGUUAAACUUCAUUGAACCCUAUUUAGUGAAUUUCUUUGAUUUGGAAAGAGAGAGUGUUUCCCAGGUCUCUUUGAGACUCUGCUGUGAAGUGACUUUCUGAGUCUGAGAUUGCUCUGCCUGAGGCUGCCACCUUCCUGGCAGCUGCACCCCAUGAACGUGCAGCGGCAACAUGCAUGCACAAAGGAAGAGCAUGCUGAAGGAGAGGGUCAUGGACUUGGUCACCCAGACGGCCAUCUUGCCCCUGCUGUUUGGCUUCCUGGGGAUUUUCAGCCUCUUCCGGGUGCUACAGCGGAUCCGCUCAAGGGCUCACCUGAGGGAUGCUGUGGUGGUGGUUACAGGUGCCACGUCAGGGCUUGGCAGAGAAUGUGCCAGAGUCUUCCAUGCUGCGGGGGCAAAGCUGGUGCUCUGUGGCCGAAACGUGGAAGCCCUUGAAGCCCUCACCAGUGAACUUGCUGGUUCUCGUACCUCCCAGGGACAGACGUACAAACCUUACACGGUGACCUUCGACCUCACAGAUCCUGGGGCUAUUGCUGCAGCAGCAACUAAGAUCCUCCAGUGCUUUGGCUAUGUGGACAUCCUCAUCAACAAUGCUGGGGUCAGCUACCGCGGUGCCAUCAGUGACACCAUAGUGGACGUGGACAGGAAGGUGAUGGAGAUAAACUACUUUGGCCCUGUUGCACUAACAAAAGCACUCCUGCCCUCCAUGGUCAAGAGGAAGCAAGGCCACAUCGUCACCAUCAGCAGCGUCCAGGGCAAGAUCAGCAUUCCUUUUCGAUCAGCGUAUGCAGCCUCCAAGCAUGCCACCCAGGCAUUCUUCGACUGUCUGCGUGCCGAGAUGGAGCAGGAUGGCAUCGAGGUGACCGUGAUAAGCCCUGGCUACAUCUACACCAAUCUCUCUGUAAAUGCUGUCACUGCCGAUGGCUCCAGAUACGGAGCUCUCGACAAGAACACAGCCCAGGGCAGAAGCCCUGCAGAGGUGGCCCAGGAUGUCCUUGCUGCUGUGAGGAAGAAGAAAAAGGAUGUGAUCUUGACUGACUUACUGCCAUUCUUGGCCGUCUAUCUCAGAACUCUGGCUCCUGGGAUUUUCUUCAGAAUCAUGGCCUCUAGGGCCAGAAAAGAGCGGAAAUCCAAGAACUCGUGAUGUUGGUCAGAGCUGCUAGCCUGGAUCAGCCUGAGUACCACCCCUUCCUGGGCUGGGAUUGUUCUGCAAGGGAUUCAUGGCUGAGACCUGACGGGCUGUCUUGCACUCUAAGGUGGACAGAAGCACUUCUGUUCUCUCUGGGGGUGGGUUAGCCUGUUAGAACUAAAAUGUGGAGUUGGGCUGGGACUCUACAGAUGUAAAAUAAAUGACUGAACAGUAGGUCAGAGUUCUCAGUAGAAGAGCCGCAUGUCCUCUGAGGCCUGGACCUGCCAGAUUCCAGAAGUUCUUGUGGAGGUUUGGGAACUAGGUCCCCUCACUGCACCAACUCCAUAUCUGUUUUUUGGUUUGUUGUUGUUUUCUGAGACAGGAUUUCUCUUGUGUAGCCCUGGCUGUCCUGAAACUCCCUCUGUAGGCAAGGCUGGCCUCAGACUCGGAGAUCAGCCUGCUUCUGCCUCCAAAGUGCUGGGAUUAAAGGCGUGCACCAUCACCGUCCAGCCACCUCUGACUUACUGAAAAUGGAUUCACUGAGCAGGUCAACUUCAUUUCCAAGUUUAGAAAGAGAUUUUUCCUGUUACAGAAACUGACAGCUGAAAAUCAUAGGAAGUCCAUUGGCCAUUUCCCCAAAUCAAAGUAAAUCUCCCACAUAAAGCUGUCGUCUUCACUCA